GUCAAAAGUCAAAAUAAAAACGUCAAACACGUGCAGAUUUUGUGUUGUUUUGGUAUCUUCUUGAUCUAAAAUCAAGUUAUUCGCGCUUUCUUCAAUAUUGAUUGAUCAGCAUUUUCAGUGUAUUAAAUAUGGAUGAAAAUGACGAAAGAGAAUUUGCAGAAUUAGGAAUUAAACCAUGGCUAAUCAAACAACUACAUUCAUUGGGAAUCAAGUCACCCACCCCUAUUCAGAAAGGUUGUAUAGCGCGGAUACUAGCUGGUGACGACUGCAUCGGGGCCGCUAAGACUGGCUCGGGGAAAACAUUUGCAUUUGCUCUGCCGAUACUGCAACAUCUUGCUGAAGACCCUUAUGGAAUAUUUGCACUAGUUCUUACCCCUACACAUGAGUUGGCAUACCAAAUUGCAGACCAGUUCAGCAUACUAGGCCAGCCCCUGAAGCUCCGAGUAUGCAUAGUGACGGGUGGCUCUGACCAGCUCGAAGAGGCCCUCAAGUUGGCUAAAAGGCCGCACAUAGUGGUGGCUAUGCCUGGCCGACUUGCCGACCACAUCAGCGGCUGUGACACCUUCACACUGAAGAAGAUCAAGUACUUGGUUUUGGAUGAGGCUGACAGAUUAUUUGGUGAAUCCUUUCAAGAUGACUUGGAGACCAUAUUUGAGGCUCUCCCACAGAAAAGGCAAAACCUGCUGUUUUCAGCCACCAUCACAGAAGACGUGAAGGAAUCCAAGAUAUUACCCCUCAACAGAGAUCACCUCCUAACAUGGACGGACACCGACACACAGCUAACAGUCUCCACGCUGGACCAGCGUUAUGUGGUGUGUCCGGCGUACGCGCGCGACGUGUAUCUAGUGCAGACAUUACGGGAAUACCGGGAGAAACAUCCGAGCGGACACGUUGUUGUGUUCACUGAUACUAAGAAAGACUGCCAAGUCCUGUCAAUGAUGCUGAACGCAAUAGGCAUAGACAAUGUGUGCCUCCACGGCUUCAUGAGGCAACGGGACAGAGUGGCAGCUCUCAGCCAGUUCAGAAGCAACCUGAAGAGUACAUUGUUGGCUACCAAUGUGGCUGCUAGAGGGCUGGAUAUUCCUACUGUGAACUUGGUUGUUAAUCACAAACUACCGCUGGAGCCUAAGGAGUAUAUUCACAGGGUCGGUCGCACAGCGCGAGCCGGCCGCUCGGGGCUGGCGAUCUCCCUCAUCACGCCCUACGACAUACUGCGCCUCGGCGAGAUCGAGGACAAGAUCAAUACUAAACUGACGGAGUAUAAGGUUGAUGACGACGAAGCAGUAAAAGUCUUCACAACCGUCAGCGUGACGAAGAGAGAACAAGAGGCGCAACUAGACAACGAGGAGUUCGAGCAACGCAAGAAGAACUACCGGAUCAAGCGGUGGCGGCAGGCCGGGGUGGACCCUGAGAUGAUGGAGGAAGGAUUAGAAGAAAUGCGCCGCAAAAGAGUGAGAGCAGCGAAAAAGGCGAAGUUGGCUAAAAUUAAAGAACUACAAUCUCAGAUGAAGUCAGAUGAGGGAACGAGACAGCAAGAGAACCGCCUACCACAGAGCGGGACGGAAGAUAUAGAUGCCAGCAUAAAGGACGGAUUGAGGAAAGUUAACAAGAGUUUGAUGAAAAAGGAUGACCGAUUCAAGAAUGUUAUCGGUAAGAUUACAAAAAUCAAAAGGAAGGCCGAAAAUGUUGCCAAAAUACAGAGUAAAGCGCAAGAAAAGGAACAGAGUAGAAAGAAAAAGAAGAAAGUUUAAUAUUCGCUUUGAUGCUAAUAAAAACCUGUAAUAAUAUCUCUGAGUUUUUAAUGAAAGCCGGAUGUGUAGAUAAUAAUUUAUUAAACAUGGUAAAUUUACAAAUAAAUACAACAAUAAUGUUACACUUAAAUACAAGCACAAUGUUGCACCGAUGGCAAAUAAUUUGGCACGUUACAGCUACGCGGGAUAGGCAAACGACCGUGUAAGCUUUGUAACACUUUUCACAAUAGCGACGAUAAUGACACGGGUUUUGUAUGUUGGUUUGGUCGUUAGAUACUAACAGUGUAUCGGCGUAAGCAUUGAGUAGUGAUAGUUAUCAUGUCAAACAGUAAUCGUCUGAGAAAAAGACCAAUGAAUAGAUCUGAUUGGAAAUAGUGGUGAUGCCAUAUGCCAUUUUGUGGAUUA